AUGGACCAACCUGAGAUUGACUUGGCUCAAACCAACCACCGUUUCGAGUCAUUUCUUUCUUCAAAGUAUCCGGCUGGCCUGGUGCUAUCCUCGUCCUGCAAGCACAACGUUGCCUGUAAUGAUACCAAAUCCACAAAGACAGAUGCGACCCAUUUUAUUCAAAGCAUAUUCAGCCAUCAGGAUGUCAAAAUCAUUGAAAAAAUAUGUCCUGUUGCCAUAAAUGGCUUUAUAUGUUUGUACUACUUGUCUCCGUCAUCAACUGGACUUAUCAAUUGCCUUAAAAAGCAUGAAUCAUUCAUCGUUAAACUCAUCCUGAUGAACCUACUACGCGAGUCGUUAGCACACUUGAACGUGAUCUACCAGGCUUUGACUUCUCUAGUACUGAAACAUCCGUUUAGAUAUGUAAGAGAGAACCCAAAUCAAGCACACCUCCUCCUCACAGGAAUCCAAUUCGAUGAUCAAAAUUAUUCACAUGACACGGUUAAGUCUACAAUAGCAUUCCACUUUCUCAGUCUACAAACAGUGCUAAAGUACGUUUCCCAGAACAUACACAUCCUAUCACACCUGGGUACCGAUGACAUCUUUGGCAUCGAUUCACUUCUGGUACUACCGGAUAUGUUUUUGACAUCAAGUAACUUCAUGAAGUGGAUAAACGUUCAUGCCACUCCUGAGUCCUCCACUAAGCACUACCAAAACAUCAUAACCAUUUUGAACGGUCUCAGCACGUUAUCUAGAAAACUUUCCAAACUUCCGAAGUUCAAUGCUGAGGCCGUCAUUGCCAAGUUGACUCUAAAAAUUGUUGAAUUCCAGUACCUAAAGAAUGGUAAGAUUACCACAAGUUCCUCAAAUCUAAAAUACGACAAUAUUCCAGGACUCCAACCAUUCUAUGAGGAUUUAACUAAAACAGUUCCUGAGUUGCACAACUUGAGUGAUGUUACUUGGAAUAGCGAUGACUCUCCUUCAUUGUCGAAGUCAGAACUUAUAAACCUUCUUCAGGGCAUUUCAAAUAACCAGAGUGACUUAGACACAUUCAAUAAAGCGAUUAUAGGCUGUCAGAUCAGGGACUUGUUUACGGAACCUUCCUUUUUGCUGGCAUGCUUAGGGGUUUUAGAACAAAUUGACCACGACAAAUAUAAUGACUUCAUUUCUUCCGUUGUCACAUACAUGAAGAAUAACUACAAGCUGCUCAAGAGCUUAUCAAGCCAGUGUUUCGAACUUUUGGACUCCAUUACAGUCCACCUCAAGAAUUUGAGUGAUAGAAGCGAGUCAAUACCUUUCACACUCCACAUUAUUGCCCAACUACAUUUCUUGUUUUCAAAAUUCAAGCAGUACAAGAGAAUAAGAAACUUAUCCAACCUAUUGUACAACUUGGCAGCUAAAAUGCCUUUCCUGCCAAUGACAGUACUUUGUAUUGAAGCUUGUAUUGACUACGAAUAUGAGAUCUACAACAAAUCGAACAGUGGUUCCCAAGAUAGGGAUAUACUUCAAAGCAAGGUAGAGAAAACAAGCCAGAUGUUGAUGGAACACGGAAAAGUAGGAGAAUCUGGAAGUAUGGUCAUUGUCUUCCUCUCCACAAUUCAGGGGUCUAUCCGUACCAUUGAUGACAAAAACCUUUUGAAUUCGAGACCAUUAGCCCACUUGAUUUUAGGACUAGUUGACUUAAUUCCCAACUUUACUGUCUCUCUUUUCGGUGAAAGCAGUGAAUUGAGCGAGCUAUUCAUUACUGCUUUGUGCAUAAAUCUCUUUGAACAUAUCCAAAGUUCAUCCGUGAACCAGGAAGUUGUUGCAAAUGAUAUAAUGACAAGUAUCCAUUUAAAUGAUGAAACAUUGAGAUUAAUUUGUCUUUAUUAUUACUACACAAUCCAAGAAUUAGACAGUUACUUGGAUAUUUCAUUGGCAAAUCCCCGUGAACCCUUCCACUAUUUAAUUAUCAGUGGAAUCCAAUUGCAUAAGACUAUCAACAUUGAGUGGAGUGAAGAAUCAAUAGACCAAUCGAUUGAAUUGUUCAAUCAAUACUGCUUUCUAGAGUCAAACCCCAAUGAAUACGAGAUUGAAAUUUUAUCUUGUUUAGUGAAUUACUUAAAGUUUAACAAGCUUCACAAGAAGUUACACCAAUUACUUUCACCAUAUCUAUGUUCGAGGGAUUUAACAGGAAACUUUCAACUCCAGUGCUUCAGGUUCUACCUUCUUUUGGACUUGGUGACUGUUUCCAUAUAUUUGGAGAAUUACCAAGAAGCUCACAGUCUUUUGGAUUCGUCCGGAAUGUUGUUGAAAGAGAUUUUUGCUGCAGGAAGGACGUCCUCUGCAUUAUCUGCUCGUGGAUUGGCAGCUUGGAAGCUAUUACAAGUACAGUCCUAUAUUGAACAACGAGAUCUUGUUUUAGCUGACAACAAAUAUGAGAUGCUUUUGAAAUUCGUCAAAUCAAAGACUGAGUUUAACCUAUCAUAUCACUCAGCAAGUCUAGGAAUCAGCGAAAAGUUGAAAAACUUACUUUUAGUAGUAAAUCUUAACUUUACAGCUUCUGAAUUAAGACUGAGACAAGGGAGAUAUACAGCAAGCUACCAGAAUUUGAAAACAGGCUCGAAGUUGCUCCUCUCCAUUAUAAAGAAAAUCACGGUAGAUGUUCCGGUAAAGGAUCGAGUGGCACUUAGAUGGCAGUCUGCAUCUUUGAUGUCCUCUUUCUGUAUUUCCAUGAUCAAAACGCUGAAACUAUUGGGAAUUUCAAGAGAGAUUUCCCACUACAUUGCUGAAUUGAAGAAAUUGAACGAAUGCAACAAGUUUCCACUUGUUAAUGGAAUCAACCACUUCUAUCUUUCAGAUAACUUCUUGUUGUUAGAACGUAACGAAACAGCACUUUCAGAAUUGAAGAAAGGAAAUCAGAUCACAUCCUUGAACAUAGACGACUCACUCAGCUUGUUGAGCGUCAGUAGCAAUUUGCUUUACUACCUAGUCGAAAAAAGUGACGAACACAUAAAGGCAUUCAGUGCUCGCCAAAGAGAGCUUGUACAAACCCUUAGCUUACCUGGUGAGUCGUUUAAUACUGUUUCACCUUUUAAAGAAUUGAUACACGAAUCACAGCUUCAUCUUUCCAUGUUUCACUCCAGUAUUGAACCGACGUACCAAGCAUCAGAAUUAGAUGCCGUGAGGGUGGAUGUUGGUCAGAUCAUGAACAGUUUGGUCAACAUACCAGCAUUUUCCAGUAUCCUUAAUUCUGUCUUUUCUUCACCAUGCUUAGUAGACAAUAUGGUCAACGAGUCUCAGCAUAUUCGACAGAUCACCGACGCUUUAGCGGAAGCGAACACAAAACUACUUCUGGUGAUCUCAAAUCAUAGUUUCCCGGUGCAUGCGCUUCGAAACAUAAGCAACCAAAUGGCCCAUAUAACAAGUGUUGUGAACUCUAUUUCUCCAAUUUCAGAGACUCAGAGGUAUGAAAUUUACUAUUUGCAUGACUUUAUCAGAUCCUUACCAAUUAAACAUGAAAGGCAUAUGAGGGAAGAGUCUGCGGCUGAACCUGAAGACAUCUUUCCGUUGUCUGGGUUGAAAUUUGAACAUAAAUAUGACUUUCUUGGGUUUAGUGAAGAUGUCAAAAACUUAUUGCCGGCCAAUUGGACAAUCAUUACUUUGGACAUUGAUUCAGGGAGUGAUGAGCUUGUACUAGCAAGAUUGAGUAAAGAGUCAGAUUACAAACCAAUAUGCUUACGGCUUCCAUUGAAACGGAUGAUGGACCAUGGAAGUACAGCCUCAUCUCUCUCGUUUACUGGGGCCUUGGAUAAGCUUAAUGCUAUUAUUAAGAGAAGUGACGAUUCAAUUAAACCUCAAACCACUUCCAAGAUCAGAACCAAGGAAGAUAGAACAAAUUGGUGGCGUUUGAGAUUUUCUUUAGACAUGAAACUCAAAGAAGUACUUGAACUUAUUGAAUAUCAGUGGCUAGGCGCUUUCAGAGGCAUCUUUGGUAAUCAUGACGAAGAGUCGAUUCAAUUUCAAAAUUUCAGUAAUAAGUUCCAUGAACUCCUUUACAAGUAUUUACCCUCCUUCCCCAGGGACACUCAGUUGAACACCCAGAUUGUUGGUAUAAUCUCUCAAUUACAUCUCAGUAUUGGGACUGAUGCUGAUUCCGUCGAAAUCGAGAAAGCUAUAGUCGCAGAUCUAAUCUAUUUCAUUAUGGAUUCAUUGAUGUACUUGGGGGAAGAAAACGCUUAUGAUGAAGUGAAUGUUGACAUGUUUCACCAUGAAUUCGUUGAGUUGAUGAACGAAUUCGAGGAUAAGGCUUCAAAUCCAGGCGAACAUAUUGUCCUUAUCCCUGGUCCAACAUGUCACAGUAUCCCAUGGGAGUCCUUGGGUUGUCUUUCGGAUAAAUCAGUAUCAAGAAUGCCUUCCAUCGACUUAUUAUUAGAAACGCUUAAAAAAAAUCCGACUUUUACAAAGCAGAAGGAAAAAAGCUGGAACACGAUGUAUUUGCUCAAUCCUGGUGGAGACUUGGUGAAGUCGGAAGCAAGGUUUUCUGAGCUAUUUGAAAGUAUGUCCUCUUGGGAAGGUAUCGUCGGCCGUUCACCUCUGGAUAACAAUAAGUUUUUAUUGGAUAUCCUCAAGAAGGACCUCUUCGUUUAUGUGGGCCAUGGUGGUUGCGAACAGUACAUCAAAGCAUCAUCCUUAUUCAAGUUCACCAACUCCAGAAAAGAGCUUCCUCCAAGUCUCUUAUUUGGCUGCUCGUCUGGCCAUAUCACAACCAAUGGAAUGCUUGAACCGCACGGAAAUGUUCUCAAUUGGCUAACAUGUGGUUCCCCUAUGGUACUCGCAAACCUUUGGGACGUUACGGACAAGGACAUCGAUAAGUUCACUAUGGGGGUAUUCAAGUUGACUUCUUUGUGUGGCGAAGGAUCAAGCCUUACGGUUACCGAAAGUGUUAAAGAAGGAAGAAAAUACUGUAACCUAAAAUACUUGAACGGAAGUGCACCUAUAGUUUAUGGAUUACCUUUAAAAUUCUGA